AUGAACCCAGUUUCUCCUGGUUAUAAUCCCUGUUUCCUGCAGAGAUUAUGUGAUUACGUAUGUGAUUUGUUGCUGGAGGAGUCCAACGUUCAGCCCGUGACUACGCCUGUAACUGUCUGCGGAGACAUUCACGGUCAGUUUUAUGAUCUGUGUGAGCUCUUCAGAACCGGAGGCCCAGUUCCGGACACGAACUACAUCUUCAUGGGGGACUUUGUGGACCGGGGCUACUAUAGUCUGGAGACGUUCACAUACCUGCUGGCUCUUAAAGCCAAGUGGCCCGAUCGCAUCACGCUGCUCAGAGGAAACCACGAGAGCCGACAGAUAACGCAGGUCUACGGUUUCUACGAUGAAUGUCAGACCAAAUAUGGAAACGCCAACGCCUGGAGGUGCUGCACCAAGGUGUUCGACCUGCUGACCGUCGCCGCCCUCAAAGUGUCAGACUGA